AUGGAGAAAAAUAUGGGAUAUCUCCAAAGGGAAAUGAAGGACAUGAAACAAUGGAAGUUUCAAAUGCAAACAAAGGGACGCGAUGCAAGGCAGGCCAAAGAUGAAAGGAUAUAUGGUAAAACAUCGAUCAGCCUUGUGCUGAAUGGGAAAACUCUUCAACAAGAAAUGAUCGUGGCUGAUAUAUUUGUGGACGGAAUUCUUGGUUUAGAUUUCCUCGUCAAGCAUGAGGCCAUUAUAAACAUACGUACACACAAAGUUGCCAUAUCUGGGAUAGAACACCCUAUUCAGUUGGAAGGCACCGCACAUGAGUACAAGAUUGCACUAGUCAACAGGGUUGUCAUACCCCCCCCCCCCAGGUCUGAAGUAAUGGCUGAGGGCAAGAUCUGUGCAGGGCCGGAUGGGGGGUUCCCUGUGAAAAUUGGACUGGUGGAGCCAUCUGAAAAGUUCUUACAAUCAGAUUCUGCUAUGUUGGCUAGGUAUUUGAUACGACGCCAAGAAAGAGUACCACUCCGCCUGAUGAAUCUGUCAUCUUCUAACAAGACUUUUCAGCCAGGAACUGUGGUUGGUAAGUUGUCCCCAAUCAGUGAGAUGGUAGCUGUGUUAUGUACGAAGAAAGCUGCAAAUAAUACGCAGGAAAUGCCAAAGCAUAUACAGGAGCUGUUUGAUAGUAGCACUAAGAAUCUCGGAUGUCACGAAAAAGACAUGGCCAGAGAUUUACUUAUCAGGUAUUCAGAUCUGUUUUCUGUGACUGAUGAGGAUGUUGGUCGAACCUCAAUAGUUCAACACAAGAUCGAUACCGGGACUCAACAAGCUAUCAAACAGGCACCAAGGCGCCUUCCAUUUCAUAUGCAAAAAGAAGUCGAAGAACAUGUGUCUGACAUGUUGAAAAGAGGUAUUAUUGAACCUUCUCAGAGUGCCUGGUCAUCAGCAAUCGUCUUGGUAAAAAAGAAGGACGGAUCCAAAAGGUGUAGACUAUAG